GGCGACGAGCACUUGCACAGGCCCGUUAACAACUCUUUCCCAGAAGUUCCUCCGGUAGGAUCAACGGAAAGAGCUCAUCGUUUCUACGUCGACCAAGGCUUUUGCUUUGUCCUCGCAUCCCGUCUCCUUGUGCUGCUGUUAGGCUAGUUCAAGUUGCUUCAUAGCCCACACCGUUGCAUAGAUUUCCAAAGCAGUAAAAUAGCGUCAUGCAGCUGGCUGCAACGACUCGUUUGGCUGUAUGCCGCGCCGCUUUCCGUCACAGAAACGCCCUAUUCCCAGCGGUUCGAUCGGCGACGGCCGUUCCCACCUUCACCCGUGGGAAUGCGACGGCCGCAGCUGCCACCCCUCAGUUUGUUGGCCCAAACGUCAUGCUGGAGCGGAUAGAGAAGAAGCGCGAGGAAGCCCGCCUUGGUGGUGGUCAAAAACGCAUUGAUACGCAGCACGCGAAGGGCAAGCUGACCGCUCGGGAGCGUAUCGACUUGCUGCUUGAUUCCAACUCUUUCCGGGAAUACGACAUGUUUGUGGAGCAUCAAUGCGCCGAUUUUGGGAUGGAGAAGCAAAAGAUUACGGGCGAUGGCGUAGUCACGGGCCAUGGUACCAUCAACGGUCGACUUGUCUACGUGUUCAGCCAGGAUUUCACCGCGUUUGGAGGAAGUUUGUCAGAACGCCACGCUCAGAAGAUCUGCAAGAUCUUGGACCAGGCUCUAUUGGUUGGCGCCCCUGUCAUCGGCUUGAACGACUCGGGAGGUGCGCGUAUCCAGGAAGGUGUGGCAUCUUUAGCCGGUUACGCAGACAUCUUCCAGCGCAACGUUCUCGCUUCCGGGGUGGUCCCUCAGAUCUCACUCAUUAUGGGUCCUUGUGCCGGUGGCGCCGUGUACUCCCCUGCUCUGACGGAUUUCACGUUUAUGGUGAAGGACACUUCAUACCUGUUUGUCACAGGACCUGAUGUCGUGAAGGCUGUCACGAACGAAACGGUCACUCAGGAGGAAUUGGGGGGCGCCAAGGCGCAUUCUACAAAGUCUGGUGUGGCGCACAUGGCUUUCGACAACGACAUUGACGCUUUGGCUCGUCUCCGUGAGUUUGUUGACUUCCUUCCUCUAUCAAACCGACACGAUGUUCCCGUCCGCCAGACCGACGACAGCCCUAGCCGUGCCGACGCUGCCCUUGACGCCAUUAUUCCCACCGACUCCACAAAAGCCUACGACAUGAAGAACGUGGUUCGCCGUAUUGCGGACGACGACACCUUCUACGAGAUCCAACCAGACUUUGCAAAGAACAUCAUUAUCGGGUUCGCUCGCAUGGGAGGGAAGACGGUCGGAGUCGUGGCCAACCAGCCCCUUGUGUCGUCGGGUGUCCUUGACAUCAACUCCUCAAUCAAGGCGGCUCGAUGGGUGCGAUUUUGCGACGCGUUCAACAUCCCUCUACUGACGUUCGUGGAUGUGCCUGGUUUCCUUCCCGGAACCGCCCAGGAGCACAACGGAAUCAUUCGAAACGGUGCGAAGCUGUUGUACGCUUAUGCUGAAGCGACAGUGCCAAAAAUCACCGUCAUCACGAGGAAGGCCUACGGAGGAGCAUACGAUGUCAUGAGUUCGAAGCACUUGCGCGGAGACUUGAACUACUCGUGGCCCACCGGAGAAAUUGCCGUUAUGGGAGCGAAGGGUGCGGUUGAGAUCAUCUUCCGUUCGUCCAAGGACAAAUGUAAGUCGAACAUCAUUAUUUGCCUCGAUCGCGCAAGUUCACUCAACGUUGCUUGGUGCUUCCCCCAAAUAGCUCAAGCGGAAGCCGAAUAUGUCGCCAAAUUCGCAAACCCUUUCCCCGCCGCCGAGCGCGGGUUCGUUGACGACGUUAUUCUCCCGUCCACUACCCGAUCGCGCAUCAUUGAGGACCUCAAGAUGCUCAACACCAAGCAGCGCACGAACCCCAAGAAGAAGCACGGUAACAUUCCACUCUAGAUUCCCAACUUUGUUAGACGGCGCGUAUAGGUAGUCAGGGUAGGAAACCUGGCCCGGGGGCGACGAUCAUGUAGAACAGUCGAAGUGCUUUCGGAAAGCUUGUAGAUCACAGAUCAGUUUGGCAUGUUGGGGCUUCAUCAAUCAUAUACUUC